CUGCGCUCCAACACCCAGCACGUCGUUUCUGUGCAUACCAAAUUUCCUUUUCCUUCUCGUAUACCUUUGAGCGAGUCCGCCGAAAAUGUCGCAACCGAGCCUUCCACCGCGCCCUCAGCGGAAUAAUGCAUCAGCAACCAAGAAUGACACUCCUCUCGUUCCACCCCGACCAGUUCGCAAGACCGAUCCUUCGCCAGAUCGUGAAGGCGCCACUCGCUCGCCCUUCAACCUGCCUCCGACGUCUUUGAGCAAUAAGCCCCAGGUCACGAAGCGUACCAGCCAAGAGCUUCCACGCAGGCCUCCAAGUGUAUCUCUGCCCACUUUGGGCCAGGAAGGAGCAGAAUACUCCAGCUUUGACGAGCUGCCAGCAGAGGCGCAUGGAGUCUCCGCCUCCGAGGAGCCUGGCGAACAGACCAGAAAUGUGGCAGUGGACCUUCCCAUGUACCAGCCCAAGGCUUCCGUGCCCCAGGCGACUGCCACGAAGAACAUCCAGAAGAUCAGGGACACUGACUCAACGCAGGCCGCGUUGGCGGGUAUUGGCAGGUCUAAGCCCGCAGACGAUGUCCACAAGCUCCCACCUGGAGAUGCGUCCCCAUCCGGCGUGGCUCGCGUGACCAGCAAUAUCAAGCGUGCGCCUUCAGCGGAACCGCCGAAUGUUCUUCGCACCAAGGCAAGCUUUAAUCGCUCAACUUCGAGUCUGCAGCCGCUCGAUCGCACGACAUCCCGUCCUGGUAGUCUCUUCGGCGGCGAUGAUCACGAGCACGGCAUCCCUGUCAUUGGCCAGCAGGUUCCAUUGUUGGCCAUGGCCGGUGAUGUGCAAGCUCCCACACCAUCCGGAGGCUCAUCCGUACAUUCUCCAGGCAUUGGUUUCUUCAAUGACGGCUCUGUCCGCUCUCACCAAAGGAAACGGAGCUCGAGGCAGGAAUUUGGCCCGCCUGACAGCUAUGGAAUCCGCCAUGACGCUGAUCAUGCGGAUCAGUUCGAAAGAGAAUGGGUCCGAAAACAUCCAGAAGAGGCGGCCAAGGAAGGCUACCAUCUGCAUCUGCCGAAGCCAGAGUCGGCUUUGAGCAGUGAACAGCUCAACAGGAUCGUCCGUGAGAGUGAUUCAGGCGCAGGUGUGAGUCCGGGCACUCCUGGCGAAGACGAAGCCAUGGAGGAGUAUCUCUCGCGCAUGUCGUCGCCAAACGUCCCACUCGCGCAGCGCAAGAAACGCGCAUCCAGUGGCUCAGUCCCGCCAGAAUCGCCGUUGCGCAAGAAUUUCUCGAACCGCCUGCACCCAAGCGAUGCUGCUGCGGUGGAAGAUUCGCCAAAACGUGCCAGCAAGAGCUACCACUACGAAUCUGACACCGAUCAUGAGCACGAACACUACGAUGGCACUCCGAUUUUGGCCGCUGAUGAGCUCAUGAAACGCCCGAGCAGCGCAUUCAUGCACGCCGCCGUUGUGCCUGAGCCCCACGCUGAUGACGACUACUACGAUAGCGACCACGCGCGAAGCCGCAGAAGAAGUAUGGACACUAGCCGACCAUCUAGCAGACCCAGUAGUGUUCACGGGAACCUGCAGGGCUAUGCAGGUGGCUCUCUGCAUAGAUUCAUUUCUCGGGAAGAAGAGCAUCACUCUGGCGUUGGCACACCUUUAGCAGAAAUCGAAGAAUACGAACCACUGUUCCCGGAGGGCGAGGACGGCAAGAAGGCACAGCAAAAGAAGACGAAGGCGAGACCAGAUCUCGCUGCUAUGCACCACUUCCCAAGCCAGGAUGUAUGGGAAGAUACUCCUUCCUCACUACAAUAUUCUGCUACCGUUUCGACUCCCGAGCUUGAGCGGCAGCAAGAAGCGUUGGAAGCCGAGAAGGCCGCUGUAUCGACCGCCUCAACGUUUGAGACGCCGGAACAAGAAACAGCUCGGAGAGCCGCCAAUGAUGCAGACAUGACAAGCGACAAGAAGACAUACAUCAAGCCGCAUUUUAAACCAGGAGUCUUGGAGGAUCACCGCCCGACCGCCCACCGCUUUCCAAGCUCGGACGUCUGGGAAGACACGCCGAGCAGCAUGUACGCCACCACGACCGUCAGCACACCGGAGGAAGAGGAAAGUCAAGCACGUGCUCCUGCUGCACGCCCUUCAAUUCCAGCUCGGCCUGCGAAGAACUCACGUCUUGCUCAAGAGGUACCCGUUGACGAGCAAGAGACGAGCCCGACCAAGACCAGGGCGCCAAGCAUUCCGGACAAGCCUAAACCAUCGAUACCAGCCAGACCACAGCGCACAUCUCGCUCUGAGCAGGAAGGAGCACCUCUCGAUCAGUCAACAUCUGCAGGCGGUGAUGAAGCUAUCAAGUCACCGCCUGCCCCCAAGGCUAAGCCUGCCGUUCCAGCAAGACCUACUGGCUCCAAGAUCGCUGCGCUGCAAUCGGGCUUCAUGAAUGAUUUGAACAACCGUCUCAAGCUUGGUCCGCAAGGUCCGCCUCCAAAGAAAGACGAGGUCGCAGUGGAGGAAGACUCGUCGACAGAGAAGCAGCCAUUGGCAGAUGCUCGCAAGACUCGUGCUCGUGGUCCACCAAGACGCAAGCCAGCUGCUUCUCCAGCUGCAGACCGCAAGUCAUCCCUGACCUUCGCCAUGUCGCCAUUAAUCACUUGCUGGACCAUCGAUGAGACUGAUGAGCUCAAGGUGCAAACCGAAAACAAGGAGAACAAAGACCCAAAUGCUACUGAGGUCGAGAAAGCAAUUGAGGAGAACGAGAAAGUGAACACCGAUUCGGCAGCUCCUGCUGAGGAGGGGGAUCAUUCUGCUGCUCAGGCCGCCGCCUCCGAAAUUGCCAAAUCGCCUGAUCCAAUUGAAGCCGCCGGCCGACACUCCAAUGCUGCAGCGGACCUACAGGCUGCUCUUGCCGAAGCCGGAGCCGGCCCAGCACCAUCAUUAUCUCUUGGUGGUCCAGAGCUGAGCAAUGCCACUUUACCCUCAACAGCACAAGUCGACAAAGACGAAGAUGUCCAGACAGGCGAGACCGAAAUCUCAACGAUCCAGUCCCCGUCGUCGGGGAAUGAAGAACAUGUUACUGUCUUGCAAGGCGCCAAGGCUGUCGAAGAUGGGGAUGGCGAUGUCGUUGAAAAGCAUGCGCAAGAGGCUUCAUAGCCAAGUAGAAAACAGUUUCUAUUAUUCGUAUACCGAAAAAAGUUUGGAGUUUAAUCUAUAUUUUUUUGUUUAUC